AUGUUACUUCUUUUAUUGUGUUUAUCUCUUGGGGCUGUCAAUAACAUUUCCUGCUCAUUGGGGUGUUCCCAACCUUGCACAUCGGCCUACACUUGUGGUGCUUGUAAAGAAGGAUAUGAAGUUGAUAACGAAUGUAGCCAUUGUAAGCUUGUGGAUGUCUACCACAGCUUCUCUGAAGAAAAUCCACUUUAUGUGCUUCAAAAUGGGGAGUGUAUACGAGUAACUAAUUACAUUCAAAAAAGUGGGUGGCUUCCUGAAUCAGACAAUGAAAUAGUUCCAAUACUCAUUGAAACGCCCCUUACACUAAACUUCGACACACAGACAAAAUACGACUUUGGGCCUUGUAUUUCUCGAGGUGAAAAGCAGAACAGGUACAGACCUG